CUGGUUUGUGUCCGAUUGAGGUGGGGUACCGCGGGGAUCGGUGCUGGGCUCCUCGCGUUUUUAAAAACAUAUGCGUUCUCGCGCCCUCACGAGAACUAAAAUAAAUCAUUGUCAACUAUUGGAUCCCGAUAGCGCGCUUCGCAAACGGCCCCGUGGCGUUUGGAACGCGCUUAAACGUUCAGCGAUAAAAUAAUGGUUGUAAAUCAUCAGCGCUUGACGCGAGGACCAGAAGCGCAGGCUUGCGGGUGCCACGGCCGGUUGAACGCAGCCAGACUCGGGGUGCACUGGUGGGAGGGGUUGAGUCGCUGACUGGGAUGUGUGCGCCUGAUCACGCUUCGGCGGUGUUAGUGCGUGACAAGACGACGAGACGACACGACAGCUGUGGCUCUCCGGUGCCCCGCCGUGUACCGGGCUACCGACCCGAAACCUCCGACGAUACACCUGUGGAAAGCACGCGCCACCCGUGACCUUAGCGGACUGUGGCGGCGGGGCAGGUUAUGAGGCCCCUCAUCUCAUGCCGUCCCCAGCUCCAGGUUGCCACGGCAACGACCCAGCAUCCUGCUCAGGGUCGUCAUAGAAGCUCUCGGACAAAUGACAGCACGGUCCGAAGCCGCGUGAUUCCAGAAUCCCCUUUUUGUGUAAUCAGAUACAGAAAGUUCAGAGGAGCAGAGCAACUGGACUGAACUUCCCCGCCAGUGAUUGCAUCUUUGGCCCAAACCGGCCUCUAAUUUACUACGAAAUGGUCGGCUUGCAUCUCUUCGCGACGUUGCUGCUGGUUGCCCCGGCGAUGGCGGGCCAGGCCAACGAGCGGAGGGUCGUGGCCCACAUUCCCGGGGACGUCAUCAUCGGCGCCCUCUUCUCCGUCCACCACCAGCCGCCGGCCGACAAAGUGCACGAGCGCAAAUGCGGGGCGGUUCGGGAGCAGUACGGCAUCCAGCGCGUGGAGGCCAUGAUGCACACGCUGGACCGAAUCAACGCCGACCCCAAAAUCCUCCCCAACGUCACGCUGGGCUGCGAGAUCCGAGACUCCUGCUGGCAUUCGGCCGUGGCUCUGGAGCAGAGCAUCGAGUUCAUACGGGACUCGCUCGUCGCCGCCGACGAGAGCGAGGAGGCCGGGGGCGGGGCCAAGUGUGCCGAUCCCGGAGCCACGCCCAUGAAGGGCAAGAAGCCCAUCGUGGGGCUCAUCGGCCCGGGUUCGAGUUCCGUGGCCAUUCAAGUGCAGAAUUUGCUGCAGCUGUUUAAUAUCCCGCAGAUCGCCUACUCCGCCACAAGUAUGGACCUCAGCGACAAAUCGCUCUACAAAUACUUCAUGAGGGUCGUGCCGUCGGACGCCCAGCAGGCCAGAGCCAUGGUGGACAUAGUGAAGAGAUACAACUGGACCUACGUGUCUGCCAUCCACACAGAGGGUAACUACGGUGAGAGUGGGAUGGAGGCGUUUAAAGAGAUGGCGGGGAAGGAAGGCAUUUGCAUCGCUCACUCGGACAAGAUCUGGAGUAACGCCGGCGAGCAGAGCUUCGACCGUCUGCUGGUCAAACUGCGCAAGUAUCUGCCCAAAGCUCGCGUGGUGGCGUGUUUCUGCGAGGGCAUGACCGUACGAAACAUCCUGAUGGCCAUGAGGAGGCAAAACCUCGUUGGAGAGUUCCUGUUGGUCGGCAGUGACGGCUGGGCGGACCGCUACGACGUCACUGACGGGUACGUGCGCGAGGCCGCCGGCGGGAUCACCAUAAAGCUGCAGUCCGCAGACGUCAAGUGGUUUGACGAUUAUUACCUGAAACUGCGUCCCGAGAACAACCCAAGAAACCCCUGGUUCCCUGAGUUCUGGCAGCACCGCUUCCACUGCCGUCUGAAGGGACACCCGCAGGAGAACAACAAAUACAACCGCACCUGCGGCAAGCGGGACUCUCUACGGCAGCAGUACGCGCAGGACACCAAGAUGGGCUUCGUGAUCAACGCCAUCUACAGCAUGGCCUACGGCCUCCACAGCAUGCAGAAGGUGCUGUGUCCCGGCAUGGUGGGUCUGUGUGACGCCAUGCGGCCCAUCGAUGGCUCCAAGCUCCUCGAGUUCCUCAUGAAGACCAACUUCACUGGGGUGUCCGGGGAAAACAUUUACUUUGACGAGAACGGCGACUCGCCCGGGAGUUACGUCAUCAUGAACUUUAAGAAGAUGGGCAAAGAUUAUUUCGACUACACGAACGUGGGCAGCUGGGACAACAGCGGACUGCAGAUCGAUGACGACGAGAUCUGGGCCACCAAAGAAGAGAUGAUUAAAUCUGUGUGCAGUGAACCCUGCGAUAAAGGUCAAAUCAAGGUGAUCCGUAAAGGAGAGGUCAGCUGCUGUUGGACAUGCACUCCCUGUAAGGAGAACGAGUUUGUUUUUGACGAGUACACGUGUCGCGCGUGUGAGCUGGGAUCCUGGCCCACCAACGACCUCACCGGAUGUGACCCCAUCCCAGUGAAAUAUUUGAGAUGGGGCGACCCUGAGCCCAUCGCGGCCGUGGUCUUCGCCUGCUUGGGUCUGAUGGCCACGUUCUUCGUCACCUCCAUCUUCAUCAUCUACCGCGACACUCCAGUGGUGAAGUCGUCCAGUCGCGAGCUGUGCUACAUCAUUCUGGCGGGCAUCUGUCUGGGCUACCUGUGCACCUUCUGUCUGAUCGCCAAACCUCACGUUAUCUACUGCUACCUGCAGCGGCUGGGCAUCGGCUUGUCGCCCGCCAUGAGCUACUCGGCCCUCGUCACCAAGACCAAUCGCAUCGCUCGGAUCCUGGCCGGCAGCAAAAAGAAGAUCUGCACCAAGAAGCCUCGUUUCAUGAGCGCCUGCGCCCAGCUGGUGAUCGCCUUCCUGCUCAUCCUCCUGCAGCUAGGCAUCAUCGUGGCGCUCUUCGUGAUGGAGCCUCCCGACGUCAUCCACGACUAUCCCUCCAUCCGCGAGGUCAACCUCAUCUGCAACACCACCAACUUGGGCGUGGUGGCGCCGCUGGGCUACAACGGCCUCCUCAUCAUGAGCUGCACCUUCUACGCCUUCAAGACUCGCAACGUUCCCGCUAACUUUAACGAGGCGAAGUACAUCGCCUUCACCAUGUACACCACCUGCAUCAUCUGGCUGGCCUUUGUGCCCAUUUACUUCGGCUCCAACUACAAGACCAUCACCAUGUGCUUCUCCGUCAGCCUGAGCGCCACCGUGGCUCUGGGCUGCAUGUUUGUGCCGAAGGUUUACAUUAUUUUGGCCAAACCGGAGAGAAACGUCCGCAGCGCGUUCACUACAUCAACGGUGGUGCGCAUGCACGUGGGAGACGGAAAGUCUUCAUCCGCGGCCAGCCGGUCGAGCAGCCUCGUCAAUCUGUGGAAGAGACGGGGAUCGUCGGGAGAGACGCUCAGCUCUAAUGGGAAGUCGGUGACGUGGGCCCAGAAUGAAUGCAGUUCCAAAGGUGGCCACCUGUGGCAGCGUCUCUCCUUCCACAUUAAGAAGCGCGAAAGCAACCAGACGGCUGUGAUCAAACCUUUCUCCAAAACGUCUGAGGGGCGCUAUUGCGGAGGCAGCGACAUCAACACAGACAACAGCAAUAACAAGAUGCUGUACGAGGUCACCGGAGCGGAGGAGCGCUACCCCAUCACCUACAGGCCCCAAACACCCUCACCGAUCAGCACCGUGACCCAGAGAGCGAGCAUCGCAUUAUCGCAGAGCGCCGGAGCCGCCGACUCCCAGGUCAUGAGCGUCUCCACGUACAUGUGCCAGCCUCCGCACCGCGGUAACGGCGGUGGAAGUGCGUCGCAGGGCUCUCUGAUGGAGCAGAUUAGCUGCGUGGUGAACCGCUUCACCGCUAACAUCAGCGAGCUCAACAGCAUGAUGCUCUCCAGUUCUCCUCCAGGGGGCGCCGUGGGUUUGUCCAGCAGCGCAUCUGCGCACGCUCACGCCGUGGAGCCCUGCUGUCCCCCGGCCUACCGCCUGUCCCGGGAAAUCUCCAUGCCGACUACUAUGACCACCUAUGCCGAAAUCCAGCCCCUCCCACCGGUGGAGUCUAACGUGGGACGCCCCGCCCCUCCCUGCCCACUUUCCAGUUCGUCGCGACUCAAAACUUCACCCACGACCAGUGGGAAGGAGCUAAAGGGGGGCGUGUCCUCGGCUCUUGUCGCGGCCAAUCAGCAGGAGCUUGAGGAACUGCUGGCGCUGACUCCGCCCUCCCCGUUCAGGGACUCCGUCGGGUCGGGCAGCGGCUCGCCAAGCUCUCCCGCAUCGGAUACCGAAACGUCCGCUCUUCCGCCCAUCCCAAAAUACGAGUGCCUGGUGCUCCGACACUACAGCCAGAGCUCGUCUUCGUUAUGAGGACAACAGACGGAAGGAUGGAGCGCCGAACGGCGUAAUUCACACAGGCGGAGACGGACACUGCUUGAGUGUGUGUGUUUACAUGUUCUCACCUUCGGACCAAUGCAAAACAGGGCGUUGCGGUCCCUACGGAGGAAUAUUUCCAACAUCAGACCUGCAGUAGAAUCACAACGGUGUCUAAUCGUUCGUCUAGUUGGCGCUCCGUUGGUCUAUUUUGGUAGUGGCCUUAAACAAACAUGGCUUUCAUCUAAUUAGUGCUGUUUCUAUGAGGACUACAAUAUGUUGUUGUGCCCCCAGCAGGACGGGGGUGGACGAACGCCCAACCUGGGGAUGUUCCCACACAAAGGACAUUACGAGCCUUUUUUUGCUACGUUCAUCGUCAAACAAUGAGAUUAUUAAGGGCUGGAAAAAGGCACGACAGCGAAGGGAAAAGCCUGUAUAAUUACAUGUUGCGUAAUCGUUAGCUCGCACGCUCGUACGCGACUGCUGGUGCGCUGUAAUAACUGAAGAGAGCGAGGUGAUGUCCCCGAUGCUUUCUGAGAUUCAAACGCAAUCUUUGAACAAAGUGCUUUGUUUGAUGUACCACAGGACAGCGUGAGAGAGCAAACAGACCGAUACUUAGACACCCGUCAUUGUCCAUUAUAUUCCCUUCUCCUUUUCCUUUCUCUUUUCCCGUGUUUCUCCUGCCCUUUUCAGGAACAGAAUAUAUGGAUGAAUCUCAUGAAACCUCUUAAGAUUCUAUUUCAAGCAGUCCAUUCAUCCACUGAUGCAUUCAUUCAUUCUAUAACAAAUAGAUUGCAUAUAGAAAACUACAUACAUUUUUUAAUUUAUUUUUGUUUUUUUCCCAAAAAAUUCAUCAUUUAUUAUUUUCGAAAUACAUGAAAACGACUGCAAGGAUCUUAAAAUACACGUAACAUCCUGUAAGUAAAAUAUUUAUUUAAAAUGUAUUUAUUUAUUUGCAAGAAUUUGAAUUUGAAAAAUAAUUAAAUAUUGCGGUAAAUAUUAUUUAAAGUGGUUAACAAACAGAUUUCAUUAUUAUUAUUAUUAAUAAAUGGACACAUUCAUUCAGUCAUUUCUAUUUAUUAUUAUUAUUAAUAUUGCUUUAUUUGCUUUUUUUGGGGGUGGGGAGUGGCUUGGGGUUUGGGAUAAUAUGAACAUAUCUUCAUGAGAUUCAUCUGUAUUAUUGUUAUUGUAUUUAUUUUGGUCGGACCAAAUUUAUUGCCAAAUUAUUGCGGUACCAUGAUACAGUGGUAAUAUCAGACGGUACUUAGUACUUACUUACACAUAUCACCCCUAAUAAACCCCAGUGGUUCUUUAGUGAGCUGAAUCAAUUCACAGCACUCUGCGAACCCCAUUUUGGUCCGGUCCUAAAGUCAACAUGAAAAAAAAAAAAAAAAAGCGCCAUGCUUACUUCAUUCAUAAACGUUCCUGGUGUUAUUUCAAAACAAUCCGUGCACAUUAUUCCAAAGAAAAAUUUGUUUUAACUCUGAAAUUAUGUGCAAGUUGUCACAUUACAGAAGUAUAAUGGGCUGCAAACAGCGUUUCAUGUUGACUUUAAAUGCUACUUUUCUCUAGAAGAAGGGCUUUUUAUGUCAUCUCAAAGAUGUAUCGUUUCUCUAUCUAUCCUAUCAUUCUAUCUAUUAGGUUUUGAAUCAUUAAGAAUGAGUUACGAGUUCACCGUGAAGCCAUUCUAAUCACUUCGAUUGAUCGCUCCUAUCGAUUGUGUAAAUAUCAAGGGCAUGCGCACAGCAACAAGUCUAGUAAAGUUUUAAUAGCGACUUAUUGUCGAACCUGAACAAUAGCGGUCAUUUUACACGGAUUACACGAGGACGGAAUAACAGGAGAUUUUACGAGUCUAAAGAUGUCUUUUCUUACCAUUCCCUUGUGUACAGAAUGUGCUUAGAUGAAUGUGAGGCUACUCAAGUGUCUAGCAAUUAUAUGGAAAACAAAAAAGAGAAAUCUACAAGUAAUAUUUAUCUUAAUAGAGCUUUUAGUGCCAAAGGGGAGGGAGGAGGAGGAGGAUGGGCCAAAAUGUGUGUUUUUUCGUAACAUAAUGAUAUGAAUCGUUUUUAUGGUGAUGAGUAUUCUUUUUAUAUAUAUAUAUAUAUAUUAUAAAUAUUCCAGACUUUGGGACUCGAAGCAAUACAAGUCAUACGCAUAUACAAAGCACAUCAGCUUUAGACAAUAUUUGUGCUACGUCGAGUUUUUUAAUCAACUUCUUUCUGUGAAUGAGAACUCUUCCUCCGUCUCUGACGUCAAAUUCGGGGGAUUCAGGCCGUAUCUACGUCAGAUACGCUUCGAAAACUAGAUCGCUCGCAUUAAAAUCAAUGCUUCUGCCUACACUGAACUCUGCACAUCUCCUUCAGACGCUUUAUAAUCCCCUGAAAUACAAUUUUAUUUCAAAAUAUCGUGCUUUUGAAUUAACGCUAUUUUAUACAUUUUAUUUGUAAUGUGUUUAGAUACGCACUGACAGUUACACGAACGCCAGAUAACUACAUGUUGUAGCAAUACUAACAUUAAAACGAUGUGUAUGAUGAUAAAUCAUGAUUUGUACUACUAACAAACAAAGUCUGAAUUUCAACAUUUAAACUCAUAAAAAGUCUAAAAUUGAGUCGUGAACUCCAUCAUAAAAAGUCGGAAUUGCAAAAUGUAAAUUCAGCAUUUUAAAAAAUUCAGUUGCGAGAUUUAAACGCAAUAAAAAUUUUAUAAAUUUUAUAAAAAUGAAAUAACUUAGAAUUCUAAGGUAAAAAAGUAUUGCGAGAUGUGGACUUGGAAUUCCAAUAAAAAUUAAUUCUGGGAUGUAAACUCAGAAUUCCAAAAAAAUAAAAAUGAUUGCGAAUUGUAAAUUCAGCAUUACAAAAAAUUUAAUUGUGAGAUGUAGUUUAAAAAUUCUGUCAGGGAAAAUUUUUAUUUUUUUUUUAAAUGUAAACUUUAAAUUCCAAGAAUUCUAAGAUCAAAGUGGACUUGCGAGAGGCAGACUUCUAGAAUCCCGAUAGAAAACAGUCACGUUUGCAAGAUUUAAACUCAGAAUUCCAACAAAAAUGGGGAUUGUAAGUUCAGCAUUCAAAAAAAGUCAAUAGCGAGAUGUUGUAGAUUCUUGGAUGUAGACUUUAAAAACGGUCAGAAUCGCAAGAUUUAAACUCAGAAAAUGGCAAUACCUUUUUUAUUUUUAUAGAGGGCUAAGUCUGACUUUCUAUUUCUGCUUUAUUGCGACAUCUCCAAAAAUUCUCCAACGCGUAUCUGCAUCGCUAAACACCUUCAGCGAUUGGAAACUCGCGGCGUUGUGCCUGGUUACGACACGGUUAGCUGAACGGACCGCUAAAGUAACAUUACAGAGAAAGUGCAAUGGUUUUUACUACAUUCUGCACAUCCAGAAACUCAAAAUGUUUAAAUCUCGCCGCACCGCCAUCUUACUAAAUGACUACUUCCUCCGAGAAAAUACUGUGGUCAUCCUUUCUCUUUGUUUACUCUUGGAGCGUACACCGGGGUGGCACAUCGAAUCAUAAAUCUGUGUAAUAUUCCAGAUGAUCUAUACCGUGGGUGUCAUUUGGUAAUAGGCUUUGGUGGGUUUUUUUUGCUACAGGUACACAGGAACAGCCGGAGAGAUUAUACAGAUUUAUUGCGGCACGUUUGGAAGCAGCUGCGGGUUUGUCGGGAACGGCUUAAAUUUGAUUCGGCGAGAUCAAAAACACGAUGCUUGAAAGACCCCGUGAAAUAUUAAUAAAUCAGCCCCCGGAAGGCGAUCUCUCCUUUUCCCUCCGUUUCUGUUUGCGAGUUUCUCUUCGUUAAGUGGGUUUCUGAACAUGACAGAUACAUUCGGUGCAUUUGUAGGAGCUCUGGGUUGAAUGUCAAUGUUGCUGCCUAUAGUAGACUCACAUUGAUGUUUACAUUAUCAUGCUUGCUGGAGCACACGGGAUCUUUUAUCAGCGGCGAGACGCGGCCGUUUAGCGUCCGGGCUCUGAAUGUGUCGCACAGGUUCGCGAACGAAGGACGAAACCGACCCCGUGACUCCAUCUCAAGUGCUAACAUCUUUUUUUUUUUUUGCGUGCGAUUCUUUACUCUCAAGUGAUCGGUUCUAUUUUCGUUAUAUCUAUAUCUAUAUCUAUAUAUUGGGACCUGUGUUUGCUGAUUCUCUGACGUAGAGAUUCUGUAGGAUGUUGAUCAUCAUUGACGUGGUACUGCAGAUGACUUUCGUUGACAUUUGUUGAUAUUCCAGUUUCUUGCAGCUUUGUGGGGAAAAAUAAAAAUGUGAGAAAACGCUUACGGCUGUAUAAAAACAUUUUCCCUUUUUCUUGACAUGGAAACCGUUGUGGUGUGGUAUGAAAUCUUUCCAAUCAUUAUUAAAAACAUAAAAUUAA